ACCGUCGUUAGUUCUAGUCGUCCAUUCACAAUGAAGACUCCUCUUCCAAUAGCCAUUCUCCUGGCAGCCCUAAUUUCAGGAGUUCAUCUAAACCCAACCCCAAAGUCGUGCACCGUCAGCGAGGAAGAUCUCACCACGAUUAGAAACGCCAUCCAGAAAGCCUCCAGAGCAUCCCUGGACGAUGUAAACCUAGACGAAGACCUCAUUGCCAAAUGCCCGCUGCUCGAAACCGUCUUCGCCAGUCUGAAGUCGGUGGCCUCGGAGAUUACCACGCUAAAAGAAACCGGGAUCAGCGAGGAACAGGUCGACGAACUGAAGCAAUCCUACGAGCAGCAGGUCAACGAAAUCGUCAAAAGUCGGGACAUUUUCGAGAAGCAAUCCGGUGGUGACGUGAUGAAAGAGCAAGGUGCCAUGAUCAACCGGGUGACAGAACUUCAGGUCCAGGUCGCACAGCUGCAGCUGCAGAUCGUCGAGCAAACCACACGCAUGUACGAGGACAUGGCCGAGCUGAUAUUCCAACGUUUGGCGAUGAACAGCACGGACAGUAUCCGGAACUACACGGCGCACAUGAUGGAGCAGAAGCUGCACACGCUGAUGACCAAGCUGGAGACGAACUAUCGGAUCUUCCUGGGGGCGUUGCGAUACCUGGAUCACCUGGGCGAUCAACCACUGAUCGAUAAGGUGUUCGACGGGAUUUUGGCGCGACUGGAUGAGAUGACGCUGGAGACUAAUAAGGAACGGGAGAACGGGAAGUACGUGCUGGUGAAUCUACUGUGCUGGACGGUGAACAACCGGUUUCUGACGGAGAAGUACCGGAAGAAGCAGCUGGAGUUGUUCCGGAUUGCGCUGAAGUUCUAUCCGAAGACGGGCAAUAAGGAGGCGAACGAGGCGGACAUACGGGGUCGACAGUAUUGCGACGCUAUGUUCCCGGUGAACGUGAUCACGUGGUUCGCGGUUUCCAGGGCCGCGGAGGUUGGGGCUUAGGGGAGAGAAUCUGUGAGUUUCGUGGCUCUGGACAUUGUAGAAUCCAUACUAGAAGAAAAUAAAUCGACCAGCUUUCUUUCUCCGAAAAUAAAAAGCCAGCCUACAUUAGUCUUCCGUAUUUUACUACUAUGAUACUUCAACUUUCGAGGUUACAUAUUGUUAGUCUGUUCCUCGACUUCCUAUUGCAAUUUGUACAUUACGAGCUGAAGGUUAACGGCAGCCUUCGAGAUAUCCUGACUGCCGAAGUUGCGCUUCUUGACGAUUUCCUUCAGUUUCGUCUUUUACGACUGCCUCUGCAGCUUCGCGUUGAAAACUCCUUCACUUUUCAAAACUCUUUCAUAACAGAUGACAACGGAUUACAGAAUCUUUCUGAAGUUCUUCAACGCGAAAUACGGCUUCCGUAGACAAAGUGGUGCGAUUCGGUAACUGGAUGAUCUAGAGGUUUAAGAGGCCAUUCACAUCUGGGAAAGAACUGUCUGAGGAAUUGGCUAAGAGACAAACACGCAGAGCUUCUGGACACGAUGGAAAGCAGCGCUGGUCUCCUCUCUUUGGAAGGUUGACGUCAACUGAAUGAUGAUCGAUACAGGUCAGGCUCAACGGUAGAUCAGCAGUGUGUGGAAAGACAUCAAUCAAUGUACCUAGUAAACAUGAAACACCUGUUGCAAUAUACCUAGCAAACACUGUAUACGGUAAACAAGAUCCACCUUAUUGCCUAACAUAUCUAUGCAGAACCACAGCUGCUAGUCAAUAUUCUGCGUUUCCAAUAAGAGCUGAUUGACUGGA